ACGAAUAGUUACGUUGCUCAGUAAAAUACUUAGUGUCCUAUUUCUUUUUAAGUUUAGAUACAAUGAAUGUCCCCAAGUAGCGUCGACGGGUAAUAUACCUAACGUUUAGUAGCCUACACCAAUUGACACAAAUUCGUUCUCUCUCAAAAAAUGGGUGCCUUCAAUCAUGCGGCUUCCGAGAACCCUGGAGAAUCUAGUGCGUCAAGUCGAAGUGGAGAAAGAGAGUUUCAGAAAAGAAAGGGUACCACGAACAACGGCACGCGUUUCGAGAAUCUGUGUAUGGCACAUUUAAUCUUAAAACUGACGCUUGAUGAUCACGUCGACAACUUUUACUUAUCUUCGAAUGAUAAAGAAUUUGGGGAUUUCGAUGACGUUGUGGUUGAAAUUGUAUUUAAAGAUCGUACGGAAACAUAUGCAAUACAGUUAAAGUACGUCGAAAACAAAGCUCCUAUAGGAAUAGCUCAGCUGACGGGGAAAAAAAAAUUUGGCAUCGAGAAAUAUUACGACACUUUUAAUAAUUGUUCAAGGCUGAAACAAGAUGUCAAGAUGAUUUUGUUUACCAACACUUCGUUGAAUAUGGGCGAGGAAAAAGAGUUCAAGUUCGGUCAACUGCCAGUAAAAUUAGUACUCAGCGAAGAAAAUAAAAUACUGAAUACUUCACGAAAAACUCCUUGUUGUCACACAAUUAAAAAUAAUCAAGACAGUUCAAGUAAAUAUGAUGCGUUUUUCGAAAAGUUCUACCUCUACACGGAUCAAGCCGAUGUUAAGAAACUUGCCGAUGAUCUACGUGAAAGGUUGAAGACAAAUUUUAUGUGUGACGAAUCCAUCGUCAACCACUACGUACAGUUUAUAACCGAGUUGAGUAUGCAAAAGGGUACGAAACUGAACCUGGACAAAAGCUGGAUGACGCGUUUUAUUACAUUGUGCGUUUUGUCACCCCAUGUCAGACCACUAUCAUUUGAUUCCACGAGAUCUGUUAACGAAAAAGAAACGAUCUUUAGAGAGGUGGUUUCAAAAUUCGACUUCAGCAUUAUCGACAAAAGAAACUAUGAGAAAAUUAGUCAACUUUGGUCGGAGACCAUCAACGAGUUACAAGAUUUAACAGAAGUGGGGAAGAUUAAUGGCAAAUAUUUACUUUUCCUGAAGACGCUCCGAGUCAAAGAAGAUCUGUACAGGGACGAUCCGUUAAAAGUGAAUAAGUUGAUGUGGUUGCUUGGAAAAUGUCCUUUGGUUGUACAAGAAUGUCCACAAGUUUACGAAACAUUUAAAAUUGGGUGCAAAAAUGUCAUCCUGUUGAAAGAUGCGGAAAAAUCAGUCGAUGAGAAGUAUAAAACUACACGUGGUCAGAAUGUGUUUCAACAAUUGUCCGAUCUUAAACAACAAGUGAAAGAACAAACGGAAUUAUACGAAAAAAUUCUCACGACUUUUACGUAUUCUAUAGAGGGACAAAAGGAAACUCCUCUGAGACAUCUACUAGGACCCUGCGAAAAAAUCACUUCAGAUCAAGUGGUCGAGAUGCUGGGAGGCCCCUUAUUGAUAGGUAAACCGGAAGUUUUACCUGACAAAACUUGUUACGUCGAAAGAACUCUGACAAAAAUUUUAAUACAUUUCGAAUUUUUGAAACGUGGUAGUGAAAAACGCGUUGUACUUGUUGACGGUGUAGUAGAUUGUAAAAAAUUUAAAAAACUGUUAGGAAGUGAAAAAAUAAAAGAAAUUACAGACAUAAACAAUACAGAUCUGGUGGAGCUCCCCGACCGCCAACAUAUUUAUAUAUGUAAAAAAGACAUUUCGAGGGAAGUAUUCACGAAGUAUCCAGAAAUGGAAAUUCAUCAUUUCCGCUACGUGAACAAUCAAUGCUUGGAGUGGAUAAGAAGUCAAAAUUUUCGUUCGGAGAAACACUUCAAGAAACUUAAUCAUUUUCGUUUGCGUGAUGAAUCCAGGGAUCAUACGUUGCGCCAGUCUGAGCUUUUUAGCAGUAACGAACAAGAUAUCAAUAUUAUCUGCUCAGAACCAGGAAUGGGAAAGAGUACAUUGAUGCAAAGCCUAAAAAACAAGUCUUCUUCUGAAAAAUGGACGAUCGUAAUCAAAGCCAGAAAGCUCUUUUCCCACUUUAGAAAAAAUGGUGCCGACCUUGAAAAGUUCAAGGAAUAUAUUCUUGACCACAAGGAGUACUCCAAUUUCGAGAGAGAAGUAUUCAAAUCAAUGCUGGAUGGAAAUAGGAUACAAGUAAUUUGGGAUGGUCUCGACGAAGUUUCAGAUGACACACUAAAGAAGAUUUUAACCUUGGUGCAAAAUUUAGCAGAAAGGGGCGUACAACAAUGCGUAACCUCCCGGAACCACUUGAAAACUAAGCUGGAAAGCAGGUUAGGUCGUCUUUCGCGAAAUAUAAAACCAUUCAACGAGGAAGAAUUACAAAAAUACAUUGAAGAACGUGUGCCGAGACCGGCCGACGAAUCAAACUUAAUAUUAAGUAAAAUUAAGAAAUAUAUUAUUCAUUUUCCGAAAAAUAAAAUAUUGGGCAUUCCUCUGCAAAUUUUUAUGCUAACUCAGUUGUUUUUAAGCCGCAAGAAAAUAUAUUUGAAAUUAUUAGACAAUCAUUUUACAGUGCUCGAUUUAUAUCAACAUUUCGUAGACCAAAAUUUCGAACUUUAUAAAGAAAAGAACAAUGUAGAUUGUUCUGUGGAGAAGAAUUUUAAGAAAUACGAACGCAUGAAAGAAAAAAAAAUCAAGUGCUAUAAAAUUGUAGCUGCUCGUUAUUACUUAAAGAAUCUGGUCUCUGGGACAAUUAGUACUGACGAAAAUGUCGAACGUCAAUUAGAAAAGUUUUCGCAGGAAAUAGAACAAGAGGGGGAUUCUGUGGGGUUUAUAUGCCAAAUGACGAGUGAUGAGGUUGUUGAGUUUAGUCACAACUCGUACGGUGAAUAUUUUGCAGCACUGUAUCUUUCAGAAACCUGUCGUUGCAUGGUACGCGAUAAAAAAUUCAUCUCUGACGGUCACUUCGAUAAUAUCCGAUUUUUUUUAAAUUUGAUGUUAUGCCAAACAUAUAAAGGUUUUGUCGCAGUUUUAUACAAGAAUCCUAUACUAUUAGAUAAAUGCACUGAUGAACAGUUGAACGAAAGAGAUGGCAUCCGUCGUGAAAUAUUAGAAGUGGCAUGUGCUUACAGUAAAAAUUAUGCUUACCCUAAAAAUAAAAGUAUACUUCAUGAUGGCCGAUUCCUUAGAAAUUGGGUAGUUUAUAGAGGAUACAGUGGUGACUUAAACUAUACGCAGAUAUGACCUACUUUUCGUAGUAAUACAUCAAUCAAUGAUAUUCGCUAUAAAAAGUUAUUCCUUUUCUUGCCUUUUUUAAUUCUACUUUCCGAAGAAUAUCGUUUCGAUCAAGAAUAUUUAAAUACGAUGAUUCUAUAUUAUGCCAUCAGAUUUGAUUUUGUUGUAAUUUUUGACUACGUUGAAUAUUGGCCCUCAACUAAGGAAAUAUAUAAAAGCAUUAAUUUCGGCAAUAUUUUAGCUUUGGCAAUGUAUUACAGAUCACAUUGUAUCCUAGAACGACUUUUCUUCGAUGAUCGAUCUUAUCAGGUUCUUUAUUCUGUAAGCUAUUUAGCUCUAACUCCUCUUCAACUAGACGAAAUAUUCGCGGAUGUUUUGUCAAAUGUCAACAUUUCAUUAGAUGAGCCAGAUUCCGAAGGUCAGUUUCUAACGCACUAUGCUUCUAGGAACAAUCUACAUAAGACACUCAAAGUACUAAAUACAAAAAAAGCAAAAUGGGAUGCUUUUGAUGCAAAAGAUCGCUGUGCAAUUCACUAUGCAUGUAUGACAGGAAAUGUGGAGACACUAGAGUUACUCAUCGAUUUUGGUUGCGAUAUAGACUUUCCAGACGGAAAGGAUUACUUGCCUAUCCACUAUACAUGUGAAUAUGAUACAACAGAAUUAACAAAAGUUGUAGUAGAGAAGGGUGCAAAGCUAGACGCUCCUGAUAGACAUAAACGGUAUCCGAUACACUACAUGUGCGAGAAAGGCAAUACGGAAAUGGUGAAGUUAAUGGUAGAGAAGGGGGCCAAAGUAGAUAUUCCUGACACAAAUGGUAAAUACCCGAUACAUUAUAUGUGUCAAAGUGGCGAUGUAGACGUAGUAGAGUUUUUGGUCACGAAGGGUGCGAAAUUGGAGGCUGUAAACGGGCAACUGCCGAUUCAUUAUGCUUGCGAAAAUUAUUUCCGUGACUUUAAAAUAGUACAGUUUUUAGUAGAAAAAGGCCAGAGUGUUAAUACGCCGGAUACAAAAGGCAAGCUACCGAUUCAUUACAUGUGUGAGCAAGGAGCAACAAAUAUUGUCAAAUUCCUAAUUAACAUUGAUAAACCUGUGAUAAAUGUUAAAGAUGGAAACGGUAAAUAUCCAAUACAAUAUGCAUGUGAAAGAGGACAUUCAAAAGUAUUAAACCUGUUGCUAAAAAAUGGUGCAAUUCUCAACGUUUUGAAAAAAAAGAGAUCGUAAGUUGCUAAUACACUGUGCAGUGAAAAGUGGAAGUGCAGAUGCAGUAAAAAAAUUGGUAACUUCUGGAAUAAAAUUAAAUGUUCUAGAUGAAAUUGGUCUUCGGCCAUUGCAUUAUGCGUGUUUGAGGGCUGACGUGAAUCUAGUAAAGCUACUACUACGCCUAGGUGCACAAGGCAAUCUUCCAGAUUUACAUGGUAAUCUACCGUUACAUUACGCAUGUCUCAAUGAUAAAUCUGGUCUUCCAAUAAUAUCGCUCCUCCUAGAAAAAGAUCUAGACGUCAAUGUUCGUAACGCAAUAGGCCAUCUACCCAUACAUUUUGCGUGUGAACCGAGCUGCAGAACGGCUUCGAAUUUCGGUUAUCACAGUCUAGGUUUUCCAUUGUGGAAAGGAAUUGACGAAUCUGUAGUGAAAUUUUUAGUGCAGCGUGGUGCGCGUUUAGACAUUGCAGACGCGAAUGGAAGGUUUCCGAUGCACUCGGUGUGCAGACAAAAUAAACCAGAACUGGUAAAACUGCUAGCAGAGAAAGGAGCUGAUCUGAAUGUUUCUGAUCAAUGUGGACGGCUGCCGAUUCAUUACGCGUGUGAAUGGGAUGUUCAUAGUGACGAAAUUGUGAAGUUUUUGAUUGAAAACGGUGCGAGUGUGAAUGUUGCAGAUGUAAAGGGUGUGUUACCGAUACAUGCGGCUUGUGAGGGAGGGUCUCUUAGUACAGUGAAAUUGUUAGUGGCAUAUGGUGCAGAUAUAAGUGAUCGUCGGGUCCGCGAAUAUGCAGAUAAGAAUUAUUUCCACCGUCAAGAAAUACUGAAAUUUCUAGAAAUUAACGGUAACGAUUCUCCAAAAGCGUCCUCGUUUGCGUCAACUUUCUUAAUAAGACUAAUAUUAUUCUUAUUAAUAUUAUAUUAUUAUUAUUAUUAUUAUUGUGCUUUAAGCUGAAGCUUUUAUAGCUCUAUUAAGUUCAUGGAAUAUAUCUCAGAAAGACUUUAAUUUAUAUACAGUAUUAUGAAAGUCAUGCUAAUGCAUGACUGAGGUGGAGCUUAGUUUUAUUCAGAUUCAAUAAAAGUCUGCAAGUGUAUUAGUAACAAACAAUUUUAAAGUACAUGUAAUUAGGUUAAUAGUUAAGUUAUUUCUGCAACAGAUUGUUGUUGCUGUUUUAAACUUUGUCUUAAAAGGUAUUUUUUAUUUUAUUAUCAUAUAUAUGUAAGUUGAAGUUUUUUCUAAAGACUGCAGCGGAAUGCCCAUAUUUUAUGUAGUUACAAACAAAAUUAGCAAAAUAAUAAGUAUGUAUAAAAUUAUUAUGUAGUACUUUUAUGUAAUAAUAAAAUAAUAAUAAUAAUUUCACAAGAAUUAGAGAACUUUCCUCACCCCUGAAGCAUAAGCGAAUAAAUGCAGAUUCUUGGACAAGCGAUUAGUUUAAUUUCUGGAAUUUUCUUUUUUUAUUAUAUAAGUCAGUAAAAUUGGUUGCCCCUGAAGUACAUUAAAAGACAUCCAGCUAAGAUGUAGUCUAGUCUGCGAAGAUUGAAAAACCAUCGAAACGUUAUAACUUAUAAUUCUCAGACACAUAUGCGGGUUUGAUGAAAGUUUUUUAAAAUCUGUAUUUUAUUAAUAUUU